AAAAAUACCAUCCAUUGUUAUGGAAGGCCGUUUCCGCCACUCCAAAAAAUCCCAAUGGUAAAUCGAAAUUACGAGACAAAAAGUCGAACUUUUGAUAUAAAGUCGAAAUUAUGAAUUAUUACCACGUUCUCCUUGGUGAGAAUAGACACAACUUCCUUAGCAUCUACUGCGUUCACAUCAGCUAGCUUGGAGAUGUUAGCUAGCAUUACACACUGACUUUAUCCAUUUUACUAGCUUGCUUGUUGAUAAGCUACUUUGAUUGGUGACGUCAGGACAUAUGUUGACGUAGGAGGAGUCUUAGUUUUGGUUGACGGCGUGGAAAGUUCCAUAGCGUAACCGUGAUCAGUCGUUGUAGAACUCUUAGAAGUCCACCGUUAGCUUAGCUGAGGCUUUGGCCUUUCUCUGAAUCACUUUGUUUUCUUUAAACAGCAGUUCAGGUCCGUUUAAGAAAGCCCUAGAUGAUUAAUUUUUGCUUUUAAGAAUAUUGGCAAAAUCUUUAAUGUCUAUGAAGUGAAAAAACCGAGGUAAACAUUGUAUUUCCGGGUAUAGUGUUUAAGAGCUUAAAAGAAGUUGCCUGCUCCGACCGCCAUCUUGUCGAUAUUGUUGAAAAGAAAGAUUUCAUUUUGAGUAUUUCUUUAAAAAUGUAUAAUGGGGCGAUAUAGAAAAGGACAAAAAAUGAGAAAUACAGACCUUUGGGAAAGGGCAGGAGGCAGAGAGACAGUCAUACGUUCAUUUGUGGCGAAUGGAUUCACAAGGGCCACCAUCCCGGGCCCGGAGAGAUGGGCCGCCAUUGCUCGGCAUCUUUUUGGAGAAUCCGAUCUACGGCUUCAGAAAUGGCUAAGAACCGUUUGGGUUGAAAACCGCAGAGGAAUUCGGAACGAUCUUCUAAAAGAAAAAGGUGUCCAGCAGCUGAUUGAGUAUCAACAAGAACAGAAGGGGAUCACUACUUUGAAGCAGGAGGAUCCGCUGCUCCUUCACGUUAAACAGGAAGAGGAGGAAGUCCGGAUCACUCAGGAGGGAGAGUGUCUUCUCGGGAAGGAGGAGGUCGGGCUCACCAUGUUGCCACUGACUGGUGUCUCUGUGAAGACCGAAGACCAUGAAGACAAAUCACCUGAGUCCUCACAGCUUCAUCACAAUCCAAGUGAGGAGAACAGAGGAGCGGAGCCUCGGAGCAGCAUCUCGCCACAACACAUAACAACAGGAGCUGAUGGAGACCACUGUGGAGGAGCAGAAACAGACAACCUUAUAGCUCCACUAUCAGAUAGUGACGACAUCACGUCACACUCAGAGGAUGAAGACAGAGACUAUGCCCAAGAACCUUUGAGCAGCGAUACAGACGAUGAAGGCGAUAUGAGGACUCACACUGACAACAAACACUCUAAAAAGAAGACAGACGUCCAGCAGCUGAUUGGUCAUCAAGGAGAACGUCCCCCUCAACUGCUGGUAGGGGGCUCCAUUUUGAAACAGGAGGAUCCACAGACACCCAAGGUUAAAGAGGAAGAUGAAGCACUCCGUAUCACUCACGAGGGCCUUCAAGGGCAGGAGGAGGCUGAUCUCAGCAGGUUGCCACUGACUGGUGUCUCUGUGAAGACUGAGGACCAUGAAGACAAACCACGUGUCCAGCAGCUGGUUGGUCGUCAAGGAGAACUUCCCCGUCAUCCGCAGGGAGGAAUCUCAUCUAUGAAGCAGGAGGAUCCACAGCCCCCCCACAUUAAAGAGGAAGAGGAGGAACUAUGGACAACACAGGAGGGAGAAUGUCUUCUCGGGAAGGAGGAGGCUGAUCUCACCAGGUUGCGACUGACUGUUGUCUCUGUGAAGACCGAAGACCAUGAAGACAAACCACCUGAGUCCUCACAGCUUCAUUACAGUCCAAGUGAGGAGAACAGAGGGGCGGAGCCACAACACAUGACAGCAGAAGCAGACAACCUCUUAGCUCCGCUAUCAGAUAGUGAUGACGUAACGUCACACUCUCCUGAGGAUGAAGACAGAGGCAACACCCAAGAACCUUUGAGCAGCGAUACAGACUGUGAAGAUGAUAUGAGGACUCACACCGACAACAAACGCCAUGUAUGCUCUAAAAAGAAGACGGGUAAAAAACGUUUCCGCUGCUUAGUUUGUGAUAAAACCUUUUUUUAUCAGAGCUACUUGUCUCGACAUGCGCAGACACACGGGAGGGCAAAAGUAUUUAGUUGCUCAGUUUGCUGUCAAGGAUUCUCUGUGAAAUCGCACAUGCUAUCACACAUGACGACACACACAGGAGAAAGACCUUUUAGUUGCUCAGCUUGUGGCAGCACAUUUUCUCAGAUGUCGUCUUUGAAUAGACACUCGAGAACGCACACUGGAGAAAAACCUUUUAGUUGCUCGGUAUGUGGCGACACGUUUUCUCAGACAUCGUCUUUGAAUACACACAUGAGAACGCACACCGGAGAAAAACCGUUUAGCUGUUCAAGCUGCGGUAAAAGCUUUGCGAAAAAGAUCAAUAUGGUAUCGCAUAUGAGAACGCACACCGGAGAAAAACCUUUCAGUUGCACAGUUUGUGGUCAAGGAUUCGCUCACAAGUCAACCGUGGUAUCGCACAUGAGAACGCACACGGGCGAAAAACCUUUCAGUUGCUCAGUAUGCGGCGACACAUUUACUCAGACGUCGUCUUUGAAUACGCACAUGAGAACGCACACGGGAGAAAAACCCUUUAGUUGCUCAAACUGUGGCAGGCGCUUUGCAAAAAAGGGAAAUAUGGUUUUACACAUGAGGACUCACUCAGGAGAAAAACCUUUCAGUUGCUCAGUUUGUAGCGAUGCAUUUUCUCAGGUAUCGUCUUUAAAUACACACAUGAGAACACACACAGGAGAAAAACCUUUUAGUUGCCCAGACUGCGAUAAAAGCUUCACACAAAAGGCACACAUGCGGUCACAUAUGAGAACACACUCGGGGGAAACACAAUUUAGUGACUCGGACUAGUAAAAUCCUUGCUUGAUAACUGGUCCUCCUCCACGGAGGACCAGUUUUCUGUCCAGGUUGUUCUUCCCAAGGACAUGUAGGGAAUGUAACCGCUGCUGGGCCUUCUUCACUACGGCUGUGAUGUUGCGUGUCCAGGAGAGGUCCUCAGAGUGGUCACAACUUCCUCAUGUUCCCCGUUGAGGAGUGAUAUGUGAUCUUUUUCUGUGUAUCCUGAACUCCAUUGUGGACAUUCAGAGACCAGAUGGACACUUUUUCUACCUCUGCUCUGUGCGAUGCAUACUUGCUGUUAGUUGGUUGGGAAGGAAUACAGUAGGGGACUUGGUACACAGCCCUGAGGAGGAGAACCUGUGCUUAGUGAGUGUGGAGGCGAGAUGAUGAUAAUUUCUUUCGGUGUGUGCACUGAUUUUGACUGUUUGGUCAUUACAGUGGACUUGAAUGUACAUGUGGAUGUAGCUAAUGACAGUCCAGGUAAAGAACUCGAUGCCGCCCCGGUUCUUUGGUCUAACUAUUUGCUAUUCCAAAUGUGAAUGUUGUGGAUGUUAAUGACAACACCGGGACACCGUUUAUGGCAAGGGUUAGGUUAGAACUGAUUCAGGACAGGAAGUACUUUGUUGGAAUAGGUAACUGUGUCUCAGACCAAAUGGCUAUAACCUGUGGUGUUCCCCAGGGAUCAAUCACGGUGCCGCUAUUUUUCAAUCUGUACAUGCUCUUUUUAGGCUAGCUAAUAUACAGCCGCGAUGUGUCCUACCACAACUAUGCAGAUGAUACUCAGAUCUAUGUGUCACUGAUGUGCGUGCAAAACAACUUUCUUUGGCUAAACUCGGACAAAACUGAAGUUAUUUUUAUAGUUUUAUGGAAUUAUUUAUGGAAUUUUAUGUCAUGAUUUUACUGUGUUUUUUUCUGGAAUGAUUUUAUGGAGUGAUUUUACCCUUCUUUUCUGUGAAGCACUUUGAAUUACCAUAUGAAUGGUGCUCUAUAAAUAAACUGGCCGUGCCAUUAGCCAUUUAUUAGCAUUUGUGCUUGAAGUGCUGUGUUUGUCAGAGAGGACAAAAAAUAAAAGUUGCAUCAUUGAACUCCACCCGUUGA